GCUGCUAGUGCCAUUUCUGUUUACGUCUAUCUCUUGGUCCUUCUUCGUCUGCAUGGUGAUACGUUAACAUAUAUCUCUGAAAUGGCUCAGCCAGCACACUUGCCAACAAAAAACGAUAAACAUUUGACAGGUGAACGCAAACACGUAAGAACUUCAAUUUGAAAAGGAACAUGUGAACUGACAGCUCCUGAUACCAGAUCGAUCAGAAUGCCUGAAGCAAACUCAGUCGACAUUGAAAAAAUUGCAAAGGCUUUGGACAAUACUAGGCUGAUGGUUGAGAAUCUCGAGGAUAUAGUGAAGCAGAGAUUGGUACAUCCUACCGAAGCCACCGGCGACCGUGAGAGUACAAAGGUCGGAGAAAGCCUCUCGCUCGAAGGCAUGGACCACGUGCAAUUACAGGAGCAGAUUUUGGCACUUUCGACGGAGACCACUGACAACCAUGUACCUGCAAAAGCCUUGGUAGAUCUCUCGCUCGAAGGUAUGGAUUUCGUACAUGUACAGCAGUCAGGGCUGGCAGAUUCCAGAAAAGCCACUACCGCCCAAGAAAUCCUAAAGUCCUUGGACUGUGGCAGGCUCAAACACAUGAACCUUGCCUAUUGGGAAGAGAAAAGGUUGGGACAACAUUCGACAGAAGCCAAUCUCGACCUUGAAACUGCAAAACACUUGGAAUAUCUCUCGCUCAAUGGCAUGGAUUUGGCGUAUUUGCAACAGCAGAGGUUGGUACACUGUCCCAAAGCCACUUUCGAAACUGACAACGACAAAAGGCGUAUUGAACAAGCAACGACCAGGAUCACCAGCAGAACCGGUGGUGGAGGUGACAACCCCAUUUCCGCAUAUCCUGCUAGAAGGCACUAUGACCAUCCACAGGAUCAUUCGCGCAAGGACACCCAGGAAUGUACAACAGACCAGUAUUUCCCUCAUCCUAUUGCUCCUGAGAGCGCGGGUCUUUCACUUCCAUUUAGCCAACAAGAACAACGGGUCAACAGGGAUCGCUGCGAAAUGGGGACUCGCAGUAAUGAAGUCGACUAUUUCACAGCAUACUAUCAUGUUGGAGGUCAUAGCGAAACGGUAAAUGUGAACAACCGAGUAGGAGAAGACGUAAGUUCGGGGGCCGACACGCAGCGCCCUCAAGUACUCUCCACCCAACGAACAAAGGACACGAUCGAUCCAGGAAAUACAACUGGGGACACAAAAGUACAAAAGCCUGGGGCGGUGUUGAAUACGGCUGGAGCAACCAAGUCUUCUGGUACGCCACGACCUGUAGUUAGGGUUGCAAUUCCGAAAAUUCAAAGCUGGAACCGACAAGUAACGGCGAGAGCAACCCCAACUUCUGGCCUACCAAGGACUGUAGUUCAGAUUUCAACCCCGACUAUCCAAAGCUCGCAUGUACAAUCAAGUUUGGCGGAAGCAACUAGGUCUUCCACUAAGACAGCGACUCGAAAGGCUCAAAGCUGGCCGGUACAAUCAUAUUCGGUCAAAGCAACUAUAUCUCCGACCAAGCCAGCGACUGGAGAGGACUUGGUAACUCCAAAGAAAAGGCAGAAGGAAUUCUCAAGACCGAAAAUUUGCACAACGGAACAAGUAAAAAAAGUUGCACCUCCUCAGGAAACAUCGGACAUACCUAGUAUCGAUUUUCAAGUAGACACCACGCCCAAGGUCACAACUCCAGAUCCCCCAAAGACGCUAUCCAAGGCUGCCCGUAAGAAGCUCAAUAAGAGGCAGAGGCAGGCAGGCGAGAAGGGCCGUGAGCACGAGGAAGCAGCGGCGAUCGAGGCAGCGAUUGCUUCGAAUAGGGAACGGAGAGAACGGAUUGACCAGUUUGAAAGGGCGACAGCGGCUGAAAUCCUUCUCUCAAUAGCUAAAACCACGAGAAAAUUAGAGAAGGACGCCGUAGACGGAACGAAUGCGGGAGGCGAUGCAGGCGAGUGAGCUUUCAGUUUCGCUCGAUAGGUAGCUCUCGAUUCAAAAGACCAAGAUAUGCU